GAGUAGUUUGACAGUUGUGAGGUUCAGCAGCGUGGAGUAGUUCAGCCUGCAGCUAAAACACUGUACUUUUGAACUGUAGUCUCGAGGAAACCAGUCGUACCAGGGAGAAUCACUAGGCUUUAUUCAAGACAUUUAGCCUAUAGCUUUCCUCGUGGCGAGUUUAGAGAUUUUACUUCAUACGUGGAGAGCGCACCUGUGAAGGAGCUGUCCUGUUGAUUCGUUUUAGCCAGUGCGGCUUCUUCCGGUACUGUGAGCAAGCUGGAUUCCCGCAGCUCCUCACCAUGUCUGGCGGGUUAUAGAUAUUCCAUGGAGCAACCAAACCUCUAUGAGGUCGCCCCACGACCCCUGAUGACAAGCCUAGCCCAGAGUCAGAGUCAGCAAAGCGCCUACUGCUACAAAGACCCCUCCGCUUCUGGACCCGUGUCCGGAACAGGAGGAGACCUCGGCGAGAUUUGUGAGAACGAAAACUCCAUUGAUAUCAGCGCCUACAUCGACCCUGCAGCCUUUAACGACGAGUUCCUGGCUGAUCUAUUCCACAACAGUUCGAAGCAAGAGAAACUCAAGCUGGCGAACAGUGAGUACGAAUCCUACCCCCACGGGGUGAGCUCUGGCUCGAGGGCGCACCACCAACAGCACCAACAGCAGCAAGGCUAUGGUUCUAUCCCCGGGUAUAUGGACACAUCUAAACUUGAACCUAUUUACGACACCCAGUCGACGAGAAUCAGACCCGUGGCGAUAAAACAAGAGCCAAGAGAAGAAGAUGAAAUGAGCCAUUCUAUGCCUCCCACCUACCACCAUUCCCACCAGCAUCUCCCACAGCACCUAUCCCAUCUCCAGUACCAAAUUGCGCACUGCGCUCAGACGACCAUGCAUCUCCAACCCGGACACCCGACGCCUCCACCGACUCCCGUUCCGAGCCCACAUCACAGGGAUGGCAGCAUGUCCUCCGUUGGAUCCAUGAAGAUGAUGGGACGCGACGACCGAGAUCGGGACCGGGACCGGGGUAAAUCCAAAAAGCGCGUAGACAAAGCCAGCACGGAGUACCGGUUGAGGCGGGAGAGGAACAACGUCGCGGUGAGGAAGAGUAGAGACAAGGCGAAAAUGCGUAAUGUUGAGACGCAGCAGAAAGUGAUAGAGCUGGCGUCGGACAACGAAAGACUGCGGAAGAGAGUGGAACAUCUUACACGAGAACUGGACACAUUAAGGGGCAUCUUCAGACAACUUCCCGAUGGAUCUUUCAAACCCAUGGCCAACUGCCAGUGAACACGGACUACAUGUGGCUUUUACAUUGGACUUUUAAACACUUACUUGUAGACGUCUGCUGGAUAUAGCCUACCGCGCUAUAGAUUCAUCUGACAGAGUGUGACUGCAACAGUUUGUUUCUUAUUAAGGAGAGACAGGGCAGCUGAGGUAUACGUGCCUUCUGUACAAAACAAUAAGCUCAUUUCUCCGCGUUUGAACAGUGGACCUGUGUUUUGUGUGUGUGUGUGUCUUAUUAUAUAACAUUGUGUGUUUAGCCACGCAAAAACAACAUAUCAGUGCAGCUGAAGGUAUAGGGGCAUGAUUUUUCACAAUAAUCACUAGCCUGCUCGAUGUUCAUGUUUUAAUUAACGUUAACAUCUCAAUACCGUAUUCUUGUCUUACUAAACUAAACAUUUGUGCAUUUGACUUAUAGAGCGUACAGUAUAUUAUUAAACUGCAAAGUGCACACAGCUUUCCAAAUAUUUUUUUUUGAAAAUUUGUUUUUUUGAAAAGCAAAAAAAAUCUGAUCGGUGAUCAGAAUGUUUUUCAUUUAUUGCCGUUCAGACAGAAAAGCCCAUACAAAAAGGUACAGAGCUAGAACGUAUAUCCUGCUGCUGUCUGCUGUGUCAGGAUUCACACAUUGGGGAGAUCUAUGGCUCUGAAUUAAAAUGCCACAGCAAACGACUGCAAAUGCGUAAUACUGUGGUACCUGCUUCUGCACAAGCAGUUCGUUGUGUGCGCUAGAAAUGUCUUCAAAAUACAACCGAAUGAAGCACAUUGUAUCUCAUUCAUAUAUUUGGGUACUAAUCUGAACACGCCUCUCAGUGUAAAUAAAACUCUUUAUAAACUAAAAGUAUGGCAUUUGUAUUUAUGUAUAAUUGAUUUUUUUUUUUAAAUGAAAAAAAAAAAAAAAUGUGAAAAGGGUUCCUCUUCGCUCUUAGAUAAAAGGGUUCCAAAAAGGGUUCUUCGGCUGUCUCCAUAGGAGAACCAUUUUUGGUUCCAGGUAAAAAAAAACGUUUGUGUUCCAUGUACUGUAGAACCCUCUGUGGAAAGAGUUCUACAUGUUACCCAAAACGGUUCUAAUUGGAACCAAAAGGGUUCUACCUGGAAUCAACAAGGGUUCUUCAAAGGGUUCUAGCAACUUUAUUUUUUUUUUCUUCAAAGAAAGUAUAACUAUGCAAUGUUUUGUUGCCCUCGUCUUCUGUCUGAAGAUUUCACAUGAAGAAGAUCAACCCUUUGACCUGUUUUGUCACUGGUUUAGCUGUGAAAUACUGUUUGAAGCUCGCUUCUCCACAGUGUCAACUUAACUGUCACUGUUGUUUUCCCUGAGCAGCCUUCCUACAAGCCUGAUGUCAUCCAUCAGUGCCUUUUGACUUCUCUCUGUGUGAAGUAAGACUUUGGACUUUACCACUGGCUGAGACUUCUUGGAUUCUACAACAUGUUCUAGAAAUGUUCUAGACUCUUCUUGGAUUCCAUAACAUGUUCUAGAAAUGUUCUAGACUCUUAUUGGAUUCUAUUAAACAAAUGCUAAGAUAUAGAGACUUUACAUUAAGGAAAAGGAAGCACUUUUUUUUUUUUUUACAAACUCCUAUUGCCAAUGUUAUAGAAAAAUGUUUAAAUUGUAAAAUGAACCUAUAUGAUAAAUGCCUCAAAACCAUCUGAAAUAUAAUAAAAGAGCAUCGUCUCAUAUGAACA